GUUUUGGAAUGCUCGAAGGAGACAAUGGAGUGGUUAAGCCAGGAAAAGAAGGAGGAGAUAAUAAGAACUGCCCUUACGAACAAGGAGGUUCGCUUCGAUAGAACCGCUAACGCUAGAAUCUGCGCAAUUUCUCGACUUUGUAACUUUCGAUGGGUAAUUGUAAAGCAAGUGUGCGACGCCUACAAAGCUCGUGAACUUCGUGACAGUUCCAGGCCACCUUAGAAGAAACUUACAAAGUUAUCUGCGACGACCUGGAAUCGAAUUCAGACUCGAGGAAUGAAAAUUGCAUCGAUCGCAGUGUGUCGCCUCUAGAUGACACGUGCAAUUCCAACUUUUCGGAUGACGCUGAAGAAACUGCGGAUUCAGAGGGUCCGUGCGGGAGAAAGUGCGAAUGCAGAGGAGAAAAACCAAUCUGUGCAUGAAGAGGAGCCGGGGUAUGAAGCUUUAGAGAGCUAUGGUAGUGUACUAGACAAAUUGAAGCUUUGUAGAAACAACUUGUGGUCACAUGCUCAAGAUAACAGGACAUUGCAUUCAAGAGCGAGCACAUACCGCUCCAAAGUAUGAUGAUGACAAGCGACGCUUUGGGUCAGGCUCGCGAAAUCCCUAACAUAGCGUCUCUCCACUCAAAACCAUGGGCUCAGAAGAGGUCGAGUCGAACUCUAAGAAUUCCCACACAGUUGCGGUGAUCAUUGCGGAGUCGAAUAUCAAGCAGGGAAGUGUUCAGGUCAAUACACGCCUGCGAAUCGUCGGAACACUCGGAAGCCCUCCCCCGGCACGUUUGACUGUGUACCAACUUCAACCACCCAGCGCGCCUCAGUGCCUUAGCGGCUCCACCCAGGUGCCAAUGAUGCAUCUAUUGACGACCAAGCUGACAUCAUCCUCAGAAAAAGGUUUGCUCACACAGUCAAUUGGAAUGAAGUCGCAAAGCAUCAAUGUCUACCAGUAAACACGCUACGUUCUCAAGGACAGGGUACCGCAGCUGUCAAAACCGCGGAAAGUGACGAUCUCAAGCGCUUUCUCUGUGCUCGAGAAUGAAACUCUGAGGUUUCUUGGAAUGGUCAGGCACUACGCAAGCACAUUAAUUUGUCGGUGGUAUCGCGACACUACUGGUGGCGUUGUCACGAGCGAGCCAGGCCGGAGAGCUAAAGAGCGGAGUAGGAAGUGCUCUUGAGGCGCAACAAGCGCGAGGUAAAGUCUAUGGAGGAUCCAGACUUGACGAAACAAGGCGGGGUCAAUCUCUGAUGAAGUAGCACUAGUCGGACUGGACAGUAAAUUACAAAUAUUGAUAAUGCU